CUCACACGACAUUGUGCCUUCUGGCCACUGUUGCGUUUUCUCUACCGCCAGUAUUUGUUUCAGUGAUUUAAAGACGUGCUUUUUGCCACCAGGUUCAAUAUAGCUGUACUGUGGAUUUUUAAAACGAAUUUUUGGAGGCAACAACUUCAAUACACAUAAUAUCCAUAUAGUACACGAACAGAACGUGCUUAUAACAGUUUGGGUUGUCUAUAAACAAACUAUCUACCGGCUAACAAUAACAACAAACUAAUUACCUCAAUAAUAACAAAAGGUGCUGACAUACAAAAAUAUUUUAAUUCGAGGCUUAUCAGAAUGAAUCGUCAUGUUCAGUUUGUUAAGAACUUGAAUCGUUUUCGCCUAGUAACAUUUGACAUCACUGAUACAUUGUUGAGGUUUCGCAAACCUCCAGGUGUGCAAUAUGCGAAUACUGCGGCAUCAAUGGGCGUAAAAAACCUUGAUCCAAACAAAAUACAAAAUUUAUUUCGCGAAGAAUUUAAAAACAUGACCAAGAGAUAUCCCAUUUACGGCCGAAAUUCGAAUGAAAUAACUUGGCAGAACUGGUGGAUGCUACUGGUGGACAACAUCUUUAAGCGUGUAGACGACAAAUUAUCGCAAACACAAAUACGCAGUAUUAGCGAACGCCUUUUCGAACAGUAUCGCUCCAAUGAGUGCUAUGUGCAUAUUGAGGGCAAUGUAGAAUUAUUAAAAAUGAUACGUGAUGUUACUAAAUAUGUUGGUGUCAUCUCUAAUAGUGAUCCCGGCUUGGAACGUGUGCUCUCAAGUAUGAAUAUAAGGCAUAAAUUUGACUUCGUGUACACCUCAUAUGAUCUGGGUGUUGAGAAACCGCAUUGUGGUGCAUUUCUGAAACCUUUAGAGAAGUAUAAUGUGCAUGCUUCUGAGGCAUUGCAUAUUGGAAAUCUUUACGAAAAGGAUUAUAUAGGUGCCCGCAAUGCUGGCUGGAGCAGUUUACUCAUUACAAAGUCGGUUGAUGAGACUCAGAAGGCUAAUCCCACACACGUGUAUUCUAGUUUAAGAGAAAUGCAUAAUGCUUUGCAAACGAUUGAUAUCGAGUGGUAAACAUAACGGACCCUAAAAUACUCGUUUUAAGUUUAAAAUUUUGCGAUGGAACUUUGUGAUUAUUCUUAACUCCUUGUUAAACAAAUGACUAAAUAUUUUAUAUUGUGCGAUAUUUUAAGAAAGAUAAUAAAAUUUUAUUGAUACUUAUUUAAUAAAAA